AUGCAUGAUGGCAUUGGCUACUUCAUCGACUUGGACCAUGCUGCAGUGUUAGCAGUAAAUACGACCAGCACGUAUUCGCCUGGUACUGGUACUAUGCCAUAUAUUUCGAUCUGGAUUCUCCAGAGCAUGAUGAAAAUGAUCGAUCCCAACGUGGACAACAAUGACCCGAGCAAGGACGUCGCCCUGGCCAAUGCUGUUGAACGGCUGAUUGAACACAGGCCCUCUGAUGACCUGGAGUCGUUGUUCUACAUAUUUUUUGAGUUUGUUGCAAAGUAUGGGGGCGCGCAUGGUGAAUUAGCACCAUCCUGGACUCGAGACUCGCUGCCAUGGGGGCUUUGGGUACCUGCUAUUUCACAAAAGCCUCUCGUUCAGCACUGGCAAGCUUUAGUUUGCCUCACGAACAAGCCCGAUGAGAAAGAGAGAGUGGAGACCACUCACGACAAGGUUCUCGAGGUUUUGACUGCAUUUAUCGACACCUAUGUUGAAGUUGCACCCAUAAAUCCCUCAGCAAGUUCCAAUCCUAUUCCCGAGGUAGGGUCCGGGGGGGAUAAUCCUCGCGUGGGUCGUCCUCCAAUUCCUGAGGCAGGGCCUUCAAGACUUCCACUGCGUCGUUCUACCCGGAAUCUUCACAAGUCCUGCUGA